GGCCACAGGAGCCUCCUGAGGGAGAACCAAGCCAAGGAAAAGGGCGGAGGUGAGCGCGGCUCAACUCCCGCUCCUCCCGGGCCGCCUCCGGCAGCGGGACUGCCGGGCUGCUUGUUCGCGCUGUGGCGGGGAUCGAUGUCUCGGCGCUCGGCAGGCGGCGGCCACCAUGGCGCUGAGCAGGGUGCGGGUGGUGGAGCUGGCCGGCCUGGCGCCGGCCCCGCUCUGCGGCAUGAUCCUCGCCGACUUCGGGGCGCAGGUGCUGCGGGUGGACCGGACGCCCCGUUCCGCCAUGGCCACAGACGUGCAGGGUCGCGGCAAGCGUUCCUUGGCGCUUAACCUCAAGCAUCCCCAGGGCGCGGCGACGAUGAGGCGGCUAUGCAGCCAAGCGGACGUGCUUAUCGAGCCCUUCCGCCACGGUGCCAUGGAAAAACUUGGGCUUGGUCCAGAGACCCUUCUGCAGGACAAUCCCAGACUCAUCUAUGCUAGACUUACUGGAUUUGGCCAGACAGGAAAAUAUGCCAAGUCUGCAGGUCAUGACAUCAAUUUUUUGGCUUUAUCAGGUGUGCUGUCAAAGUUGGGUAGAAAAGGUGAAAAUCCGUAUGCACCCAUAAAUCUUCUGGCUGAUUUUGCUGGUGGAGGUGUCAUAUGCGCCUUGGGCAUUGUUACAGCCCUUUAUGAACGUACCAUAUCUGGCAAAGGGCAGGUCAUUGAUGCAAGCAUGGUAGAAGGAGUAGCAUACCUAAGUUCUUUCCUGUGGAAAUCGCAGAAUUCAGGACUUUGGAACAGACCUCGAGGUGAGAACCUGCUAGAUAGCGGUGCGCCUUUUUAUGAGACCUACAAGACCUCCGAUGGAAAAUUCAUGGCUGUUGGUGCCAUUGAGCCUCAAUUCUAUGAGCAGUUAAUAAAGGGUCUUGGGCUAGACUCAGAUAAACUUCCCACUCAGAUGAGUUUCUCCAACUGGCCUGAAAUGAAGGAAAAAUUUGCAUCCGUAUUUGCACAGAAGACACAAGCUGAGUGGUGCAGCAUAUUUGAUGGUACUGAUGCCUGUGUGACCCCUGUUUUAUCCUUUGAUGAUGUUGCCUCACAUCAGCAUAACAAACAAAGAAGUUCUUUUAUCAAAAAUGAUCAGGAAGAGAUAAGUCCUAGACCUGCUCCUCUUCUAUCAAGGACACCCGCUGUUCCAUCAUUUAAAAGAGAUCCUUUUAUAGGGGAGCACACAGAAGAGAUACUUCUAGAAUAUGGAUUUACUAAGGAAGAGAUUACUAAUCUUUAUUCUGCUAAAGUAAUAGAAUUCAGUAUACCAAAAGCUAAUUUAUAAUCUCUAACUAUGCAGACCAGACAAAUUUGAGGCUUAUACAGUAUAUUUUUAUGCAUUAAUAUUGAAUUAUAUGACAAAUGUUUGCAUGAUAUAGCUUUUAAAUAAUUUUUUUAAAAUUACAGAUGUUUUAAAUUUAAUUGAAAACAGUGGGAGUUAUAUAUUUGUUAACGUGGGUGGUCUGCAGUCUAGAAUGAUACCAAAAUUGUAUUCUGAACAUCUAUACAGUUUGCUUAGUAAGCAGCUGUAAAUCCUCAAAAUGUUUCUCUAAAUAUCAUAUCCUGUGACAUGUUUGUUUCUUUUCAUUCUUAGUUACACCAUUGCUUUUCCUUCAUGUAAUUACACCAUAUACUACAAUACUUUUAAUAAAAUAUAGUUAUAGUCUUCCUAA